ACCGUGAACAAACAUUGACCAAGCACGCACUGCGCUCCGGGCCUCGACAACUUGCCGCAACAUUCUUAGCGUAAAAGUUAACGUGGAUGGUUUACUCUAUGUAAUUUGCGAUGUUCGAGUUGAUACUAAGUUUUCCCUUCGACGACGAUUGUGCGACCGACUUGUGACGUAUUCCGAACUGCCUUUGUGCGAUACGAUGUGUUUUGCUCAUGUUGCUACGAGAAUGUUUUCUCUGAAUUCCAAGGAGAUUGGAAAAUUCGUGCAAGAUGCAAUUAUACACUACGCUGAUGUGAAUUAUUGAAGAAAAUGAACAGGAAUUAUAGUAGAAGGGUCGCUGACUUCCACGAUGAACAUUGCUGCGCGGGUAAUGUCACCGGGAACUUCCGACGCAGCUCCUCAUUGCGGCUGCGCGGGGAGAAAAUGGUGCAGCGCUCGCCUUUAGCAACGCGGAAAUUAAUACCAAUAAUCACGGAAAAUACACACCAGAAACAGCGCAGCGAUGUGCCACGACUCCAGGAGCCUGGCCAUCGCCAGCGGAGCCAUUCAUUUAAUUCAAAUCCUCUACAAAAGCCAAAAAAGUCCUGCUUAAAAACAGAGAGUGGUCUGGACAGGAAGUUGAGUAUGACUGACUCUGCUCACACUCCGCCCGGCUCUCCAGAAGACCUACCCGAUGAUGAAUCACUGCACAGUUAUGGAAGUGCUGCCACCGCUGCAUCUGUUGAUGCAGGGUAUGCACCUUUCAAUGGAACAACAUUUAGUGGAAGAUCUAUGCGUUAUGUGUUACAUUGCUCAUCACAUGCUGGCCUCGCUGGGGAAGAAUAUCUAACGCCAACUCAGCGUGCACAGAAACAAAUAAGAAGACUCAAAAAUCUCCUCAGCCAGGCCAAGAAAGACCUUGAGAAAAAGGAUAGUGAAAUAUUCCAACUCACUAAAGAAGUUGUAGAACUACGGCUGUAUAAGGCAUCAAUAUGUUCACCUGAUGAAAAAUCCAACUCCAGCGAGAUAGUCACAAUUAGAGAGAAUGCUGAUGAAGCAUCCAUUGAGCAAGACAGCCCUAAACAUGGGGAUGCUUGCAGAUCAUUUGACAUCACUGAUAGUCCAUUGUUCAAAAACCAAACACCAACAAGAUGUCGCAAUGAAAUGCAGGGCUCUUUCACUGACUCUGGGCAUUUUGAUGAUCUCACAAAUUCAUCAUUACAUUCCAAAGAAUCUGUGCAUAUGUUAACACAUGAGGCGUCCUGUAUGACUGAGAUAGGAGAUGGAGAUGAGGAGCGUCGUAGUUUAAUAUCAUAUUACGAGAAGAAGAUAGAAGACAUAAUAAGGGCUCAUGUUGGAGAGACACAAGAGAUGAAGAAACAGCACAAUGAUAAAGUAGAGGGCUUGCUGCAAAAGCUUGCCGAUGUGAACACCCGGUAUUGUGAACUUUUGCCCAACUAUGAGCAAGCCAAGGAGAGGAUUCACUCUCUAGAGAAGCAGCUGGAAGAGGUCAGCAAGCAGCUUCAGGAGGAAGAGACCAGACACCGCUCCAUCUAUCUGCAGAUGUACAACAAAGGGGUUGAAGCUGCUAAGUUUGAGCUUGAUAAGGAUAAUGGACCUGGUACUUCUCAGGGGCAAGUUAGCCGCGUGUCCGUGGAGGAACUACUGGAGCAGUUGCAGAUUACUCAGACCGAGCUCGAGAAAGUUCGAGACACGGCAUUCACAGAGGACCGAUCAGCAAAGUCACAAGUACUACUAAGUGCAAAGGAGGCUGUUUCUUUAUGGGUCCUAGGAGCUCGAAAGGCAAUGUACCGUCGCAUUGUCCAGUCGCAGAAGGGUAACAAGACCAACGUAGAUCCAGAAGUGACAUUGCAGUUCCUUAAAUCGGCUAUCUAUUACUUCCUUACGGACCCUGAGAACCACCAGGGACACCUCAACGCUAUCGAGAACAUACUUGGCUUCACCGAUGCAGAAAAGAAGAAUAUACGCAAAGCAAGGACAUCGUAGGAAAGACUGCUGUGAACGUGUGAUAUGACAUUAUUACUAGAUAAUUUUGUUACUAUUUAGAUAGGUCUUAUUUUAUUAUUUGUCGUCUGAGACGAGGUAGCUCAUAUAGGUUACAAUUUAGGUAACUAGUUGUGUGCACAUACGGUACUCAUAAGUCGCGUCUAAACGGUAUAAGUUUGCACAUAAUCAUAAGUUUUCCUUUGUUUUUUUAACGUUUGUUAUUUUUUUGGUUGUGUACAUCUACUUACAGUUUCUAAUUUGCUAGGUUUUAAACCGAAUUUAUUUCUACAUUGUGAUUUUUUAAAUAUUUAGUUUGUAAGCACCAAAGAUCGAGUUUUCUGUAAUAAAAUCGUGCAAUUUUUACUUAAAAAUAAGCUAACAGCGGCCAAUCUUUUAUACUGGGCUGCUUUAGAAUAAGUGUUAAAAUUAUGUUCCUUUUGGUGUUGAUUUCCUAUCUUUUUGAUUUUUACUAUGCAUGCUGGUCAGCAUUUUAAUAUGAUUUAGAAUGGCUAUGAUAACUAAAUUAAUUAAAUUACCUUAAUUAAAAAUACCGGGUCUAUAACAACUUUUUGAAAACAACUUAAUUUCCAAAAUCAAGACUGCUGUGAGAAAAUGGUAUAAGUAUCUGUAAUACAAAGUCAUCUUGAAAUUCAGUUUAUGACAUUCCAGUAACAACAAAUUAUUCUCACUAAGAUAAUGGAAAUGAUAAUAUGCAAAUAAUACUGAAGAUAUUUUUUAUGAAAACAUUAUUUUACAUUUGUAUCAAAUUACUAUCCACAUCUUUCAAUUCUUUAUGUAAAGAAGCGUUUGCUCUGCAAUGGAAUGUAGGCACAGUAUUAUUUAUUUAUUAUAGAUGAUAAAAUACCAAGUUUAAUUGCAGAGCAAGCUAUCUUUAUACCAUCACCUUUAGCUAGAAGAUCAUAAGAUUUAUCUUCGAUUAUUUGGAUUCACUCGAAUAUUGAAAUACGACCUUUUAAUGUAAGUAUGUGUUUAAGUACUUAAUCAAUUUAUUCUUGCCACUCAUAAAGUUGCAUCUGUGAUUAAAUGUACCUUACGAUGAUGACAAUGCAUAAUAAUUUUGUUCACCUUUAUUGAGGAUAAGUAUACUUUGUAUGUUCCAUUCGAUAAUUUGUCUUUGACAUUUCAUCUCAUACGACACUCUUUACAGUUUGAAAUUUUCAAAAACAUGUACUAAGCAUGUUUUUUCUGUUAAUGUCAAACUGGAGAGAUACAAGCGACUUCAUAUUUUCUUCAUAGAAUUUUAAGUAUAUUUUAUUUCACUAAAAUAUCGAAUGGAAUCUUUUGCAUAAUAUUUUGUUAACGUUUUUCUUUUACAAACUAAUAUAUGCAAAUUAUAUGUUGUUACAUUUUAUCUUGCCUCUAUAAAUAAAUUAGGAUCGCGUAUGCAGUGAUACUAAGCUAUUUUGAUAGCAUUGUUAACGUCCAAUAGUUAUACAAAUCUUGUACAAUAGGUAUCGUAGAUUUGUAAUAUUUUAAUUUACUAUAGAUUUUAUCACUAGUAAAUAAAAUACAUGACAUUCAUUACACAGGUAAUACAAGUAUUUCUGGGACACUAAGUUGCUUGCUUUGGUUCUCAAUUAUAAUGGUAAAUGGAUAA